AUGGGACUCGGAAAGAAGGUUACUGUUAUUGGCUGCGGUAACUGGGGAUCGGCAGCAUCAAAGGUGAUAGCAGAAAACACCAAAAAAUACGACCUCUUCGAUGAUACGGUUAGAAUGUGGGUGCUGGAAGAGAAGGUAGACGGCGUUAACCUGAGUGAACUGAUUAACACGCACCACGAGAAUAAGAAGUAUCUGCCAGGAAUAAAGCUCCCAGAAAAUAUUCUGGCAGUUCCAGACCUGGCAGAGUGCGUAAAGGACACAGAUUUGUUCGUGUUCGUAAUUCCUCACCAAUUCGUCAAGGGCACAGCGGAGAAGAUGAAGAACAGCGGACAGCUGAAGAGUGGAGCACUGGCAAUUUCACUGGUCAAGGGAAUUAUGAUCGUGGACAAGAAGCCAGUGCUGGUCUCUGACUUGGUUGAGAGUGAGCUCGGAGUCCCAUGUUCAGCACUGUCAGGAGCCAACGUAGCAAACUGCAUUGCGAGGGAGGAGUUCAGUGAAGCCACAAUUGGAUAUACGACCAAAGAGCACGCAAGGUUGUGGCAGAGGCUCUUCGACCGCCCAUAUUUUAAAAUCAGCUGCCUGGACGACGUAGCAGGAAUACAAGUGUACGGAGCGCUGAAGAACGUGGUGGCGCUCGCAGCAGGGUUCUGCGACGGACUGGGGCUGGGAUCGAACACCAAAGCAGCAGUGAUGAGAAUUGGACUUAACGAAAUACACACCUUUGCAAGGAACUUCUUCCCAGGCACCAACGAGAAAGUCGUGUUUGAAAGUGCCGGGCUCGCGGACCUGAUAACGACCUGUAUUGGAGGAAGAAACGUACGUUGCGCAGCAGAGUUCGCAGCAAAGGAAGGAAAACGCCCGUGGAACGAAAUAGAAUUGGAGUUCUUAAAUGGACAAAAGCUACAGGGAACGACUACUUGUGUAGAAACGUACGAAGUACUUAAAGAAUGCAGAAGACUGGCAGAAUUCCCACUCUUCCACGUCACCUACAAAGUAGCAUUCGAAGGAUUAAACCCAAAGGAAUUGAUUGCCUCGCUAUCGGUAAAAUUGAUAUGA